AAAUGAUGAAAGGCGGAAGGCAAGCCAAGCUGCUUGCUAAAGAGAAUCAAGCAAAGAAGAGAGCUGAAAAGAUCUAUGCUUCCUUCAAAAAAGACAGUCUCAAGAAGCUUAAGGACAGGAUCUUACCUUCAGAAGCUCAGACUCCUGGGGCUGAGCUCCAGACUGGCCAUAACUUCUCCGAAAAAGCUGAGGCGACUGAGAAGGCGUCUUUCAGUAAGACAUUUACCAAGAACUUAAAGAGGAAAGGAACCCUCAAGACUAAAGCUAGGGAUCACCCAGAGCAUGACGUUGUAAAGGAAAGAUUUAUGUCGUUAUUCUCCGAAGAGCUUGAAAAACGUAAAAAUGAUUAUUACCAAGCAAAAGAAAAGAAAGACGAUGCAUUUAGAGAAAUUGAGAGAUUAAAGACCUCAUACAGGAUGACCGAGAACAGAUUGAAGAAGAAAAACAGCACCACAUCAGGGGUCUCUUAUCCUAUAAAGAUAGAGAUAGGGAUCACAGAGGCAGAUCUCGACCAAAAUCGCUUCGCGAUUAUUGGUGCUCUAGAUCCUGAGGACCUAAAAAUAUUUUAUAGAAUUAAUACUAGCAGUAAGAGCGGUGGCACAGAAAAAUUUGAAAGUGCCAAAGUAGGCGAUGUACUCAAGCCAACAUGGGCAGAUGCCUUUGAGAUGGAGUUUCAUAAUAGCAAACAGAAAAUAUUCUUUGAAAUCAUGACAAGGUUGAACGGAGACGAGACUACCGACAAAACCAUCGAUUCCUUCGAUCUCUCCGCAACUAUUGUAGAACAACAGUUGAGGAUCAACGAGUAUUUGGCCGAUAACCUCUGUACAGCUACUGGAAAUCAUUUCACACUCUCUAUCAAAGGACAUGUUGCUGUCAACCCCAAGCUUCAAGGCCUCAAAGAUAAAAUCCAGCAUAAUGAACAGCUCUUCCAACAAGUUGAGCCUGACUACAAAGAAUACAGAUCCAAGUUCGAAAAGUUCCUCAAUCUUAGAGGCGCAGAACUGCUUGAAGAGUGGGGCUUGCUCGGCUCAGAGUUCAAGCUCGUCAGAAAACACAAGAAAGAAGAAACCAAAGACACGCCUACCAAGCGAAAGACCGAAGUCGAUGUGCUUGACAUGGAUCACUUAGACAGGUCUUAUCUAGGGUCGAGCAUGAGGGCCAAACGCAAAACCACAGCUGCACCCAAGAAGAAAGACAAAAUCAAACACGAAUUUACCAAGAGUGCCCAUCCAAAGAAAGCUGAUGACUUGUCUGCAACACACAAAGUUGAGCCCACCAACAAGGCGGCUCACGACAUCAAAGAAGAAACAAAGCAGGCUCCAGUCAAGAGGUCGGAGUCAGAUGAAAAGGUCAGAGAACGCAUCGAGAAGAGGCACCUUCACAAACGAUUCCACAACAACGAAAUCAUCCAUGAGCGAGAAGAAGAUCUCCUUGACACUCCUGACAAAGACGAUGUUCCUGAGGAUUCGAAGGCUGCAGAAGCUCACAAGAACGGUCAUGAAGAUGCUAUAGAAGCACCCUCAGAUGACUACGGAGCAGGCUCAUUGACUUCUGAUGCUCUGAGGUCGAACAACUUGGGAACUAAGAGGACUGGGUUGGGAUCGAGUCUGAUCAACUUCGCAAUGCAAGACCUGACACAUAGCAGCAAGGUAAAAUCAGUGUACAACUCUGGAGCAGCUAAAGCUAAUCAAACGAACGUCGGAGGAAUGUUUAACAAGAUGGGUAUGGGAAAUGCCAUGUCUGGAAUGUUUAUGAUGAACAAUAACCCAAUGAUGAGUCAUCUUAAUUACAAUGUAAAUGAUGAUAAUUGCAGUCUGAUAUCAGGUAAUACAUUCCAGACUUUCCAAAAUUUUGCAAAUCCAAUGUCACUAAGCCAGAAGAAAAAUUAAUAAAUCCAAGAGCAAUAUUUAUUAACUUUUAA